AGGCUUUAUCAACGGGGGAUAUCAGCUAUGCCAGUAUAUGGUCCGGACGGUCGAACGCUACAGAAAGGUGCAACGGUAACAAAUUCAUCACCACGAAAUAGCACCACCAAUGAAAUUGGUCAAUUAGAUAAACGUUAUGGGCGCAGUUGUGAUUUUUUGGUAAAGCCUGAUACCGAUGAAAUGCGCCUAUUUAACAAUCCGAUUGCUCAGGUCAGUUCGGAUAUAUUACGCAUUAGCGGAUAUACAAAUCAAUUCAAAUCAUUAUUAACAUCAAGGUCAGCAUUACGUCGAGAAUCCGGACCCGGUAUACUUUUACAGGAUUUGGAUGAUGAUAAAGAUGAAUAUCGAAAUGGUGGUAUACGUUUCGAUACAACUGUUGAAAAUAGAGAAUCGAAACGAAGGACAAGUACGACAGUACGGGUGACAAGGAGACGUCGAAGCGGUUACGGAAUUGCUAUCAGCAG